CUCUUUGCUUAAACAUUUAAAACCUCUCUCUCUCUCUACAAGUUUCCUUCUCUAUCCAUCUCCUCUGUUUUUUUCUUGCUCUGCUCUAAUGGAGGAACAAAACUGGAUAAGAGGACCAAUCAUAGGGCGAGGCUCAACCGCCACCGUCUCACUAGCAAUCACAAACUCCGGUGAAUUCUUCGCCGUCAAAUCCGCAGAGCUUUCUUCAUCGGCGUUUUUGCAGAGAGAACAAACGAUCUUGUCGCGUUUGAACUCUCCUUACGUAGUAAACUACAUUGGUUCUAACACAACGACGGAGAACAACAAACUGAUGUAUAACCUCUUGAUGGAAUACGUUCCCGGCGGGAGCAUUCACGAUUUGAUCAAGAACUCCGGCGGGAAGUUGCCGGAGCCGGAGAUUAGAUUCUACACGCGACAGAUUCUUAAGGGGUUAAUGUAUCUUCACGGUAGAGGAAUCGUUCAUUGCGAUUUGAAGAGCGAGAAUGUUAUGAUCGGAGAGGAAACAGCGAAGAUCGCCGAUUUGGGCUGCGCAAAAAUGGCGGGAAACGGGAGUUUGGAGUUUUCCGGUACACCGGCGUUUAUGUCACCGGAGGUGGCGCGUGGUGAAGAGCAGGGGUUUCCGGCUGAUGUGUGGGCUUUGGGGUGUGUGGUGAUAGAGAUGGCUACGGGUUCGAGUCCUUGGCCGGAACUAAACGACGUCGUUGCUGCGAUUUACAAGAUUGGGUUCACCGGAGAGUCGCCGGAGGUUCCGGAGGUUUUGUCGGAGAAAGGGAAAGACUUUUUGAGGAAGUGUCUGGUAAGAGAUCCGAAACAGAGAUGGACGGCUGAAGAGUUGCUUCAACAUCCGUUUUUGGAGGAAGAAGACCAAUCUCAAACUCAGGUUGGUUCUUGUCUGAAGAAUUAUUCUCCUAGUACUGUGUUGGAUCAAGGUUUCUGGAAUUCAUGUGAAACCUCGAGAAGUCGGUUCAUUCAAGCGGACUCUUCGAGUUUAUGGGAGUCUUCAGCGACUGACCGAAUCAAGAAACUCGUCGGAGAUGAGAAUCCCGGCGAAACUACGGCGGAGGAUGGUUGGAUUGAAGUUAGAGGCAACGGAGAGAUAGAGAAAAGUAAUGAAGACGAUAACGAAGAUGUGGAUUGCGUUGAAGCAACGUCAUCGGAGGAAGAAGAAGUGGGAGGAUUUGAGGAUUGGAUCUUGGAUCAAGAAGACAGCUUGUUCUUGGAAUAUUCUUCUACCGAGAACAACAUUUUUUAUUUUUACUCUAAUGACCUCUUUCAUGAGGAUAAUAUAAUUCUUUAUUAUGAUCAUCUUGAAGAUGGUUUUGUACACAAGGAUGAAACAUUUGUUGAUGAUAAUACUAAGAAUCAUUUCUUUAAUCACAUUACAAUGAUUAUACAAGUUAGUAUAUCUAAAUCGAUACCAUUUGAUAGUUACACCGAAAGCUAGACUUGCAAUUUUGUAGAUUGUUAAAAUGUUCUGUAUAUGUGUUUAGAACAUAGGCGAGAUUGCCCAAAAAAACAUAGGCGAUUAUGUCAACAUUUAUGACUUGUCAUCGCUUAUUGACUACUCAUUUGUUGCAUGAUUUGGUUCCACAUUGAGCUCUCUUUACAUAGCCAAGUAGAUUAUAAUUUUAGAAGUGCAACUACAAAAUGAUUUCAUAUUACUUUGUGUUUAGAAAUUAACAUUAUGUUGGUGGGUAUAGUUUUGAUUUUCUAGACAGAGACCAAAUAGUUGUUAAAAAUGGAGGAGCAGAUGAUGCAGUUAACCUAUUAACAACUAUAAUAGCGAGUUACAAAAUGGACGAGUAGAUGAUGCAGUUAACCUUUGAUUAUGUUCAGAUAUACAAAUUGUUCUAAGAAGUAAAAAUAAAUGAUAAAGAUAUAUAUGUAUUCUCUGUUAACUUAAAAAUAGAAGUAAAUAGAUGUAAAGGUACUAGACAAUUUAGAAGCUCCCAGUAAUUAGUAUGUGUAUAACUUCUAAGGUUUAUAGAAAUAAUUAUAUGAUAAUUUACCGUACUUGUAAUCUUUUGAGAUUUUUAAGUUUUGAAAGGUUAGGUGAUGGUAAGUGGUUACUGGUGGUGGUAUAACACAGGGGAAAGUCGUCGUCGGGUUGAUAUGUUUCUGCCUUCUGGUGAGGAAUUUAAGUACGGAAACCACUCUUCAUAAUGAAUUGGACUUUAUGCUAAGUCAAAUUAUUUUAGUUGGUCUAACAUUUAUCUAUUAUUUUCAUAGUAUUUUAAUAUUAUUUUUGUGUUUACCAAAACCACAACGGAGUUCCAUUCAAAUGCGAAAGCAUAAGACUUUUCUGGGGUCUCUAACCAAAGUUGGCGUUUACUUUCUACACAGUACACACUAAUCAAAGUCUGGUAUUUCUUGACCAGGUUCAUUCAGGUUGACUUUAAUUUCGGUCCUCUAUAUAUGCGAUGCCUUUCAUUUGUUAAAAGAUCAAAACAACCAAAGUCGUCUAAAGUCAGCUUUUUCUGAUUUAAUUUAUAAGUUCGAAAAAGCAAUUUGUUGUUUCAUAACUUGUCUUUUAGUUAAAUAAGGUAUACACAGUUUUUAAACCAAUAUUUUCAGUAAUUAUAAUAAUGUAUUGACUAACUGAAAACUAUUAAUUCAACAUUGUUCUGAUUUAAAAUAUAUUGCUUAAAAAAUGUGGAUGCCUAGAUGUAAGUCUGUUUUGACAGAAAACAUUUUGCUAUCUUGAUUUUUAAAUCAAAAGAUAGAACUGAAAAGUAGUCACACAUUCGAAUUUCGAUGCCUAAGAAAAGUAGGUCUAAGUAUCCCACUUAAUGUCCAAAAGGUUGAUGGUGAGGUGGUGAUGAAAGCAUGACUCUAUGUCGAUGACAAAAUGAUCUCAUGCAUCGAAGUCAAGAAAAACCAUAUAAAACAUUUUAUGGUAAAAAGGUUUGGUAACAACUAUUAAGUAUUAACAAUUAUUACUAUCAGUACCACACAAGAAAUCAAACAAAUAAGUUACGUAUACGGUAUACUUUUUUAACAUCAAUGAUAACUUACUUAUACAUAUUUGUCAUAAUUCGACCAACUGACCAAAUGAUAUUGUAACUGCUACUAUUUCAUAUUGGUUAAGCUAACUGGAUUUGUAUGUAAUUUUAUCAACGUAUUGUUAAAUUUAUAUGAUUAGUUUUUUUUUCCAACACGAUAUUCACAUCACCGUUAUAGAGUUACUACGAUUCAUGAUUAGGUUAGAUUUGAUCCAAUGUAUCUGAUUCGAAUUUGAAGAGAUUAUCAUCAGUUGCUUAAUCAUAGAAACAUUUUUAACUUUCACCGUUUCCUUGAAGCUUUGGCCUUUGGGCAGAUACAUAUUUACAAUUGCAAACACAUUCAACGAAAGGCAUAUAUAUAUACCCUAAUGUGCAUGAUUUCUUACUUUCUCAAAUUCAUUGAAAAAUCUCUAUAUUACAGGAGACAACAAUAGUCUUUUCAGAACAAUCUGGAUUCAUUGUAAAUAACAUAUAUAUAAUUUAAAAGGUUGACUUUAGAAAAAGGUGGAAGUGUUCUCGUUGGCACACACACUCAAUACACCAUAACUCAUCUUUAGCCAUCUUUAAUAUAAAAAUAAUAAAAUACUAUUGCUCAUUUUUCAUGUAUUCCACUAGGAUUGCAUGGGCUUAUAGAGCCUUAUCCAUUUCAACAACUCGAUUACCUUUUUUUUGUUGCAUAUUAUUAUAUGAACAAAAGUUAAUACUUCCAAAAGAGAAUGGCAAGUUUUCUUUCUUGUGUUGCUAUAUUUAACUUAUAUGUAUCAAUAUGCUACCUCAUUGGCUCACACGCAAGACUCCAACGAACCGUUAUUGGUACAAGUGUGUUUGGUUUAACAAAAUAUCUUAGUAUCUUAAUAGUAAUGGCUUAUGAUGCAAGUCUGGUGGUUAAGAAAAGAGGACCAUUCCGAGUAGCCAAAUGAGUUAUGUAAACGUCCUAAAUUCAAGUGGCAGUACUGAUAACUAGAUGAUUUGAUCUAUAUUGUCUCUUUGAAUCUUAUCAUAGACACAAAAAAACUUGAGCGUCUAGAUCGGUUUCAAGAAUAAUGAGGAUUAAUGCCUCAGGUGAUCAUUCAUAUAUAUGAGACUUAGAAGUUCCGAUACUCUAAAGAAAGCGUAAGCGACAGACGAAUGUUAAAUUCAAAAUUAAUUGAUGAUCAAAGCCGAUUCAUCCCCAAUCGAUAUACUUAACGUCCAAAAAACAUAUCGUGAAUUUUGCACCACUUAAUAAAGAAUCUCUAUGGAUCGAUGAUGACAAUUAGGGGUGGGCACU